GCCUCUCAGCUGGCAAAGCACAGGAUGGAUGUGCUGGUGUUCCACAAGGGAAUCAGCCGCAGCAUCCAGAGCCUGGUGGACACGGUGCAAGCUCUGGACUGGGAAAACCUGAAAACCUUUUCCAGGCAAGGGAUUUGUGGGCAGAAAGCUGCAGAGCAGAGCUGGGCAGAAGUGGGUGCAGAUCACUGGAACAACAACUUCCAGCCAGGUGCCCCGUGGCAAGAGGUGACAGAGUUAAUGAGAGCUCUGGAAGUGCUGCUUGGGAACGUUCCUGAUGGGAGCAGAGCUGCAAACCCAGAGAUGGAGCUCAGGACCCAAGCACAGGCUGCAGUGGGAGCCGUGCCCUCCCUGCACAGCCCGGCCACUGAAAAUAAAUCAGAAGGGCAGGAUCCUGAGCUGUUCAGCAGGAAAGAUCCUUUUUCCAGCCUGCCUGGGCAUGAGGAGCACGGUUUAGCUCUCCAGUUGGUUUACCUGACUGAGCUGGAGGUCGAGGGUCUGGUGGCAGCUUCCCCCCUUGCCAAGACCCUGAGUGAGAUCAAGGAAGCUUUGGUCAACCUGCAGCAACCCUCAACCCUUGGUAAUUCAGACAGCAAACAUCAAACCAGCCUGGGGAGCUCAGCCCUCUUCUGACUGCUGGAUUCCUGGGAUGAAGCCCUGCAGCUGGAAUAAAGAGGAGCUGCAUUCUCAGAGCACUGAAGGGACAGAAGCAGGAGUAUUUCGUGUUCUGCAC